GAGAGAGAGAGAGAGAGAGCCUACCCCUACUAGCCCUUCCUUCCCUUGCCCCUCUUUCUCUCUCUAUAAAUGCUUCAAACUUUCUCUCUUAUUUAACAUCAUCCCAUCCCGACUCUGUCUUCUCACUCUCCAUUCAUUUCCUUCAAUUUCCCAAGUUUUUCACCAUCUUCUUGCUUAAACAAUACACAACAUGGCAUUUUCAAGGGCAUUCACUGCUUCAGUACUAUUUCUUUCUUUUCUGCUUCUCCAUCUCACCUAUGCAAACCAGUUGAUGGGGAUGAUGAGUGGAGCAGAGAGCCCUGUUCCUGAAGCUCCAACAACACCACCAAUAGAUUGUGGAGAGGCUUGUAAGGUGAGGUGUGGAUUGUCAUCGAGGCCUAAUCUCUGCAACCGAGCCUGUGGAAGUUGCUGCGCCGAGUGUGACUGCGUCCCCCCUGGAACUUCGGGGAACUACGACUCCUGCCCUUGCUACUUCCGCCUCACUACCCGUAACAAAAUUCGCAAAUGUCCUUAGAAUUAAAUUGAUUCUUGUCUCUUCAAAUUAUGUAUGUUACUACAACUACUUAGCUAGCAAAGAGUGCUUAAUUAAUACUAGUCCUAGGAAUCAGUUUGUGUUUUGGUUUGAGAUUUGAGUAAGGGAGUCAAGUCCUCUGUUAUUUGUUUAUGUA